AUGGCUGAUAAAGAGAGUGCCUAUACGACGACGUAUAACCGGUUCACGAGCCUCGCCAAGCUCUCCGUUCGCUUGGCCGAACUCUGCGUCGCUCUGGCAUUCCUCGCCUGGAUCUCUUCUCGGAUUCCUCUCGCCGUCGAGAUCUCCGGCGACUGCUUCCGGCAAAUCUCCAGCGUCUUCUCGAAUCCUCUCUUCGUCUUCUUCCUCUGCCACGUCAUCCUCGUCUCUCUCAUGGUGAAAUCCGGCCAAUUCUCCGGCCGAAACCAGAGGAGCGCCAGCGAACUCGACGAUGCGAUGGUGAAAAACUGCGAAGACGAAACGACGGAGUCGGAGUCUGUAAACGACGUCGCGUCGAGCGAAACAGAGGAGAACGUCUACGAGGACAAGCAGGUGAUCUCCGAGGUGAACGCGAUCACCGUUAAUGGCGAAGAGACACUGGAGGUGGGCGCUGAAUCCGAUCCGGAUUCCGAUUUUCCGAGAGUGCUUUACCGGCGGUGGCGAUCGGAGAAUUUUGAGCUAAAGUCAUCCGAUCACUGUUCCGAAAAUCUCCGGCGAUCAGAAUCGGAGAAGUGCAUGGACAUUGUUGUUUCCGGCGAGGGGGAACGGAAUUCGAUCGCCGGAGAUUCGUAUCGGCACGACGAGUUGAGCGACGAGGAUUUCAAUCGCACCGUGGAGGCGUUCAUCGCCAAACAGCUCAAGUUUCGUCGUCAAGAGGAUGUUUACGACGCCGUUUCGCAUUCCUGUGGGGAUAAAAGCUACGGAUUAACAAAAGCGAAGCUUUGUUAUUAG